UGGAAAUAAACCUGUUGAUGGGGGUUUGUCUGUAUAUUUGUGUGUUGUGUCUACGCUUUGGAAAAAAGCACACUAGUUUCGCGUGAACAAGUUAGUGGAGGUUUUCCCUUUUCUUUGUGUUUGGUUUGUUUGAAGGUGGGGUGCCCCAUUUCUGUUCUUGGAUUGUAGCAAAGGGCUGUUAAAGACGGGGGCCGUGAACGUGUUGGCGGAGACGUGAACAGACGAAUACACACGGCUAGAACGAGCGUAUACGAGCGGUUGUGUGCUUUUUGAAACGGUUUUGGCGGUUUCGAGAUGGGGAAUACUGGAUCAGCGCUGUCGGAACCCGUCGGGCCCAACCCCGCCGUCAAGACCACCCCAUCAACACCAUCACCGUCGACACCGUCCUCAAGGGAGAAUGCCAAGGACAGGUGGGAUAAAGUCGAUGUAGAAGAUGGAACGCGAGCAAGGAUUCUCGAGUCCCGGGAACUUGAAGAGGAUGCCACGGUUCGGUUUGGGAUGAACGGCACGUCUGGGAAUUCGGAGCGGAGGUCAAGUUUGCUGGCUGUUAUGGAUGGGGUUAUAGACGGCUUGUUUUUGGCAGCUGGGAGUGUUCGAGGGGUUGGGGGGUUGAUGGGGAGUGAGGAUCGAGUGGUGCCAGAGAGGUGUGCGAGUGGACGGGAGAGCGAGGUGAGGCUUCCUGGAGGUUACAAAAAUGCCUUUAUAAACUCCACAUCCUACACCCAUCUCAACCGAAUGAGCGGCGCAUCUCGUGAACUAGACCGUAUGGAAGCCGGUGUGCCCGAUGAGAUUAUUGAAGACCUUGGAUCCCGCUUGUCCCAAACGGCCAUUGACCAGCCCAUUCAACAAGUGUUUGCAACACCCCAGGUUCAGAGUACUAUAAAUGUGGAACCUUACGGGAUCAUUGAGCCCAUGUCAACGGUCGUUGACACGACACUAGUUGUGCACCCAGCACUUGAAUACAGUGCAAUCGACAAAGUAUUGGAAAAACACCCCUUAAUGGAUCAAUCUGAAUCCUUGAUCAUGACCCCCUACAUGCAAGACUCUGACACUGAUAUCCCAAAACCCGAUAUCCGCACCAACGUACUCGGCUCAGAUAUCAUCACUCCGGAACCGACACCCAUCACCGAACACCCUCCUACCCCGAACGCCCCAAAACUCAGCCGGAUACCAAAGUAUAAUUCAUGUUCGACUUUGUUUGUUGAGGCAACGAUCAGUAAUGCGGAUUUGAAUGACACAUUGCGUUGUGUGGCAUCGGCAUUGGUCAACCACAUGAAAAAGAACCUUCAAGACCAAACAUUUAAAACCGAUAACAUAUUUUCAGAAGAAUUGCAUCCGCUUUCUCAACAUAUACAAUUCUACCGUCGUAUGCCGAAGGAAGACGAUAUUUUCAAAUUCCUCGAAUGUUUGUUCAAUGCAGCGGAACUAACCGCUGAAUGCGGAAUCAUUACCCUCAUUUACGUUGAACGAAUGCUCCAAAACACAAGUUUAACUCUCCAUGCAAGUAACUGGACACGAAUUGUACUCGGCGGGUUACUACUGGCAUCCAAAGUAUGGGACGAUCAUGCAGUCUGGAACGUGGAUUUCGUACAGAUAUUUCCAGAAGUGGAUGUAGAAGACAUGAAUCAAUUGGAACGAUGGUACAUGGCCGCACUUGAUUUCGAUGUCAAUAUCAAAGCAUCGGAAUAUGCACGCUAUUAUUUCUCGUUGCGAGAUUUGGCGGAAAAGAGUCGGAGACGGUGGCCUUUGAAACCGCUAACGUUGCGAGAUGCUGCAAAACUCGAGGCUCGAACAUCCCGUCCACCACCCAAACUAGAUACAUCCACCCCCAACACUCCCGACACCAUUGACCCCCGUUCCUCUCCUCCGCGAACGAUUCAUGCAUUUGAGAGGGAGGGUGCAUCAAAUGUUGGGAACAGUAAUGGAGGAAUGAGGAGGAGUAUGAGUGAUUAUAUUUUUGUAGGACCCAAACCUCCUGCCAUGGUCGUUUGAUGUACUGUUGGUUAUUUUUUUCUGUAGUUUGGUAUGUGUUUUCUUAUUUGAGAAUAUAGAGUGAUGGUACAGUGG